AAAAACAAAAAAGCACAAAAAGAUAUUUCUUAUUGAAUAUCCAGCGACGAAGAAGAUAAAACAUUGAGCUCAACUCUCUGUUCAAAACCCAGAAAAAAUAAAAAAAUUCGAACCUUUUUCUUUUUCAUUUUUCAAUUUUUUACAAGUAACUUGCUUGGAGGUUUUGGAUUGGAUGGGAACUCUCACGAGCUGUAGUUUUAGCGCGGUGAAUUUCCGCUCCAGUUCCAGUUCAAUCUUCCGCGAAAGAGUUCGCGUCGAAGUUUUCGAGUCGAGGAAAGUGAAGAGGAAUUUGUGUCUUUUGUUUACAGGAAUAAUUUCCAAGGAAGUUUCACAGGAAAAGUUUUUCAAAAUCAGAUGUUUUAGCGGCGGUAAUAAUGAUGACGGUGAUUACACCAAUAAUGAUGGAGACGUUAAGGAGAAUAAUUCUUCUUCAUCUAAAGAAUCCAUCGUCACGACGGCGUCGCCGACAGGAGAAACAGCGCCGGAGGAGAGGAGCAUCGGCAAUGACCCGCCUCCGUCUGUUUCCUCAAGGCCACCAAAUAUAGCUCCUCUUGGAUCAGGCUACAGUGAUUUCCAAAUUGAUUCUUUUAAAUUGAUGGAGCUUCUUGGACCUGAGAAAGUUGACCCUUCUGAUGUAAAGCUCAUUAAGGACAAGCUUUUUGGCUAUUCAACAUUUUGGGUAACUAAAGAAGAGUCAUUUGGAGACCUUGGUGAGGGCAUCCUUUUUCUGGGAAAUAUAAGAGGAAAAAGAGAAGAUGUGUUUACCAAACUCCAGACUCAAUUGGCUGAGAUUAUGGGUGAUAAAUACAAUCUUUACAUGGUUGAGGAGCCUGAUUCAGAAGCACCGGACCCACGUGGUGGGCCACGUGUUAGCUUUGGUUUAUUGAGGAAAGAGGUUUCUGAACCUGGGCCAACUACCCUUUGGCAAUAUGUGAUAGCUCUUUUGCUGUUCCUCCUGACUAUAGGUUCCAGUGUGGAGUUAGGUAUUGCAUCUCAGAUAAACCGACUUCCUCCAGAGAUUGCGAAAUACUUUACAGAUCCAAAUGCUAUUGAACCACCAGAUAUGGAACUACUAUACCCAUUUGUGGAGUCAGCAUUGCCCCUAGCAUAUGGUGUUUUGGGGGUUCUUUUAUUUCAUGAAGUUGGGCACUUUCUGGCUGCUUUUCCAAAGAAAGUAAAACUAAGCAUUCCUUUCUUCAUUCCAAACAUUACUCUUGGAAGUUUCGGGGCAAUUACUCAGUUCAAAUCUAUUCUUCCUGAUCGGAGUACAAAAGUUGAUAUUUCCCUUGCGGGCCCAUUUGCUGGUGCUGCACUGUCCUUUUCCAUGUUUGCUGUUGGUCUGUUGCUUUCAUCAAAUCCUGAUGCUGCUGGGGACUUGGUGCAGGUUCCUAGUAUGCUGUUUCAGGGUUCGUUGCUUCUUGGGCUCAUCAGUAGAGCGACUCUUGGUUAUGCGGCAAUGCAUGCUGCAACAGUAUCGAUUCAUCCUCUUGUGAUUGCAGGAUGGUGUGGCUUAACCACAACAGCUUUUAAUAUGCUUCCUGUGGGAUGUCUUGAUGGUGGCAGGGCUGUGCAGGGUGCUUUCGGAAAAGGUGCAUUGGUUGGGUUUGGUCUGACAACUUACACACUGCUUGGAUUAGGAGUGAUUGGAGGACCUUUAUCACUUCCUUGGGGGCUCUAUGUGCUGAUAUGUCAGAGGACUCCAGAAAAAUCCUGCUUAAAUGAUGUAACUGAGGUCGGAACGUGGAGGAAAACGGCAGUUACAGUAGCUAUUUUCCUUGUUGUAUUGACGCUGCUUCCUAUAUGGGAUGAGCUAGCUGAAGAGCUAGGUAUAGGCCUUGUAAACACAUUUUGAUAUAUGUUACUAUUAUGUAGGAUAUUGAGAUAGAAAUUUUAGUAAAGCCAAUUUUGAUAUAAAGCCAUAUGAAAUUCAAAUAAUAGCCAAAGCAAGUCAUGUUUUCAAUUUGUA